GUAGAUGUGUAUUAUAUGGAUAAUUGUAAAACAGUGAAGGGGGGUAUAUAAAGCUCCUAGCUAUUUGUAAUUGACUAUUUCUAUGAAGUAUUGACAAGUGUGUGUUUAAAGUUAUGAAACCGGUUUUGAUAUUUCUCCUAGCUCUGUUUACGUUAAGUAAAUGUGAGGAGGCGAGUAACCCAAGACGGGCAAGAGGAUCAUUUCAAACGAGUUACCCUUUAGGAAAUAAUCUUCAGAUAGGUGGUGUAGAUGUCGAAUCAUAUGGAAAAGGUGUAGGCGUUCCCUUACGAAACACCGACCUCUACGCCCCUGGAGUAGAUGAUGUUCUCCCAAUACAACACUACAAACAAUCCGACAUCGACCUGAAUGUAGAUCUAACAGGCGCGCGACAUCGCGGGCCUCAAUUACAUGAAAUCGCAUCCUUAAAUUAUAUUGUGUCCAAUUCUAUCGACAAACCCGUUCAAGAAGCUCAAGACAAUGUGCCACCACAGUCACUUGCUACCGCCAUCAUUCCUCCGGUACCACCACCAGCUAUACCAAUAAAUGCAGUGGCCGCCAAUGUUCCAGCAGAGAGAGGAGCAGUAUUUCUAGGAUCCGGUUCCUUGGGGGUUAUUGACUUAGGAGGAGGCGCCUAUGCAUUGGGAUCAGGAUCCAUAGGAUAUUCAAGGGUGAGGGCUAAUCCCAGAUCUUCUUUCAAAGCACCGCUUCUUCCACCAGUUCAGGCAGCCCCAAAUUUACUUCCAGCAGCUGUUCCUAGCCCUGAACCGCCACAGCCACCUGUAUUUGAUUUCAAUCAUCCGUUGUUAGGAGGCCGACCACCAGUUGACGAAAAUGGUUAUGAAUAUCUUCCACCCAGUAGUGUUAGUUUUGGAGAUCCUCUACCACCUAGACCCCUCAAGACCACUAUGGCAUUUGCUACACCAUCAAAUUUACUAGUGCAGUCCCAAGUUCCAAAUUAUCAACAGACAGUUCCUCAAGUUUAUGGGCAAAGAAUUAAUACUGUGUAUGCUGAUACAUUUUACCACUGAUAUUGUCCUAAAAAAUUUUCAAAGUGCAUAAAGGUAUUGCUCGGUUAAAAAUUCACAUGUAAUAACGGUUUAUAUUUAAAUUAAUUUUAUUAUAACUGAAGAUUAACUGUGAAAUAUGUAAAUAGGGAUGUACUCAGAGAACAGUAUAUUCACACAAUUUAUUUUUUUAUAUUAUCAAAGUGCUGCAAUUAAGAAUGCAGCUACUGAUAGCUUAUCAAUUUUGACAUGGUAUUGUAAGCCGAUUAUUAUUAUCUUGGAAGCAAAUGUGGAUGAACUGAAAUUUAGUAAAAGUUCCGAAAUUAUUAAAACCAAAAAUAUUUUAAAAACGUAGUAGUUAACCGAGUGCUAAAUUAUGAGUAUGAGGAAGUUUAUGUUAACUGAUAAUAUAUUUCGCUAAGUCACAGGCUUGAUUAGGCUUGUUAGAAAAUAAGAGUCUAAAUUAGGAACUACGUAUAGCUUUAUACAUCAAUAUUAUUUUGGUAAUUUUAAAAUAUAAUAAAAUAGAAAUGAAAAUUGUAUUUAGUAAUGCAGACAGUAUUGUGUUAGAUCUAUUCCAACGGUUUAUAUUAAAUAUCAUGUAAAAUACAAUAGUUGUACAUACUACCUUUAUACAUAAAACAGUAUUCUCUUCUAGAAAGACAUAAUACAUUAAAUAUGUAGAUAGAUUUAUUUAUUAUAUUUUUGUUUUUCAUAAAAAUUAUGUUUUGUAGUUUGUAUUGAAGAAUUCUGUAUAUAUACCUACUAUUAUAAGCAAAUGUGAUGGAUUUUGUAACCUACAACAUAAAAGUAAUGUAAUUUAA